AUGGAAACCUACUACGACCUCGGCUCUUAUCAUCGGCCUGUGAGCACCGCAGACCCCCAGGCUCAGCUCUGGUUCAACCGCGGCCUGGUCUGGACCUAUGCCUUCAACCAUGAAGAGGCAGCCAAGUGCUUCGAGAAGGCCAUCGCGCUAGACUCCAAGUGUGCCAUGGCCUACUGGGGCCUCGCCUACACCUCGGGUCCCAACUACAACAAGCCGUGGGAGUUCUUCGACCAGCACGAGCUCGAAGCGACGGUGCAGCGCACCCACGAAGCCGUAGAGAGCGCCCAGGCAAACACAGCCGCGGCCACGCCCGUUGAGGCCGCACUCGUCGACGCGCUGCUGUACCGGUACCCGCAGGACCGGCCGGCGGGGGACUGUUCGUCUUGGAACCAGGGCUACGCAGAUGCCAUGGAGAGGGUCUACGAGCGGUUUCCGGAUGACCUGGAUGUCGCGACGCUGUAUGCGGAUGCACUGAUGAAUCUGACGCCGUGGGCGCUGUGGGAUCUCAAGACCGGGCAGCCGGCGCCUGGUGCGCGCACUUGGGAUGUCAAAACUGUGCUGGAUCGUGCGUUGGCGCAGCCGGGUGGACUGGCUCACCCGGGGCUGCUGCAUCUGUAUAUACACCUAAUGGAGAUGUCUGGGUCUCCCGAGAGCGCGCUGAGAGCGGCGGACCAUCUGCGUGGGCUCGUGCCGGAUGCUGGACACUUGAACCACAUGCCUACGCACCUGGACAUUCUAUGCGGCGACUAUCGCCGUGCAAUCGCGUCUAACUCGGAAGCCAUCCGGGCAGACGAAAAGUUUCUUGCGCGGGCGGGCCCGGUCAACUUCUACACGCUGUAUCGAUCGCAUGACUAUCACUUCCGCAUCUACGCUGCCAUGUUCGCUGGACAAUCUCGAGUAGCGCUGGAGACCGCGGCGGAGCUCGAGGCCUCGAUACCCGAUGAGCUGUUGCGGGUUGAGUCACCACCGAUGGCGGACUGGCUGGAGGGAUUUCUCGCCAUGAAGGUACAUGUGCUGAUCAGGUUCGGGCGCUGGGAGGAUAUCCUUGCGCUGGAACUGCCCGAAGAUCAGACCCUAUAUUGCGUGACAACAGCGAUGGUACACUACGCCAAGGGGGUAGCGUCCGCUGCUCUCGGAAAACUGGAAGAAGCGGACAAAGCGCGGGCGCUGUUCCACGACGCUCUGAGUCGAGUCGCGCCGACUCGGAUGCUCUUCAACAAUAAAUGUGUCGAUAUUCUGGCGAUUGCGAACGCCAUGCUGGAUGGAGAAAUUGAAUACCGGCGUGGAAACUAUGAUGCGGCGUUUGACCACCUUCAACGAUCGAUCGCGUUAGAUGACGGAUUGCCCUAUGACGAGCCCUGGGGCUGGAUGCAGCCGACUCGUCAUGCAUAUGGUGCUCUCUUACUGGAGCAGGGCCAUGUCGAGCAAGCCGCGGCGGUGUACAGUGCAGACCUUGGGAUGGACGAUACACUACCGCGCGCACUGCAGCAUCCAAAUAAUGUGUGGUCGCUACAUGGGUACCACGAGUGUUUGAUGAAGCUUGGACGGACGGCCGAAGCAAGGAUCAUUCAGCAGCAACUAAAGCUCGUUGUCGCAACAGCCGAUGUGCCGAUCCGAUCAUCCUGCUAUUGUCGUCGAGGGAGAUAG